CGCACCCCUCCUUCCCCAAACAACCUAAAACCUCAACACCUCAAACCCUCAAAACCUCAACCAUGUCAGCUUUCCCAUCCCUCCCGAUAAUCUUGCUGGCGGUGCUACACCUGACUCUGAGUGGCAUCGCCACCUCCCCUCACCCUGACUUUCAACUCUUGAACGUGAAACAAACUCUCAUUGGGACGAAAAAGCCUACGCCUCUCAAAACAUUUGAAUAUCACGAACAAUCCAACGCCAGCGAAGGUGAUCAAGGGAAAUGGAAGCUGAAACUUGUCCAUAGGGACAAGUUAUCUUCCAACACUACUAUUGCCUUCCAUGACCAUAGCCACCGUUUUCUUGCACGCAUGCAAAGGGACGUGAAAAGGGUGGCAAGUCUCGUCCGCCUCCUCUCUGGAGGCGGAGGCCACGACGGUGACGCUGCUUAUGAGGUGAACGAUUUUGGGUCCGAUGUUGUUUCAGGAAUGGACCAAGGAAGCGGAGAGUACUUUGUGAGAAUAGGCGUUGGUAGCCCACCACGAAGUCAAUAUAUGGUUAUUGAUUCGGGCAGUGAUAUUGUUUGGGUUCAGUGUCAGCCUUGCAACCAAUGCUAUAGACAAUCCGACCCGGUUUUUGACCCGGCUGACUCUGCUUCUUACAGUGGCGUCUCUUGUAGCUCAUCAGUUUGUGACCGGAUUGAGAAUUCGGGUUGCCAUGCGGGUCGGUGUCGGUAUGAAGUUAUGUACGGUGAUGGGUCUUAUACAAAAGGGACCCUGGCUCUUGAAACACUCACUUUUGGUCGAACCGUGUUAAAAUGUGGCGAUUGGAUGUGGCAUAUUAACCGGGGCAUGUUCAUUGGGGCAGCCGGCUUUGGCAUUGGAGGUGGAUCCAUGUCACUUGUGGGUCAAUUGGGUGGUCAAACAGGGGGUGCAUUUAGUUACUGUUUAGUGAGUCGGGGCAGCGAUGCAUCCGGGUCAUUGGUAUUCGGGCGUGGAGCAAUGCCCGUGGGCGCUGCAUGGGUCCCUUUGCUACGUAACCCACGGGCCCCGAGUUUCUACUAUGUUGGGCUUUCGGGUCUGGGAGUAGGAGGCAUCCGGGUGCCGGUAUCCGAAGACAUUUUUCGGCUUAGUGAAUUGGGGUACGGAGGGGUUGUUAUGGACACUGGCACCGCCGUGACAAGGUUCCCGACGGUGGCUUACAAUGCCUUCCGCGAUGCUUUUAUCGCGCAGACGGCAAACCUCCCCCGGGCUUCCGGAGAAUCCAUUGAUACGUUUACAACUUACGGUUUUGUGUCGGUCAGGGUUCCAACAGUAUCAUUUUAUUUCUCGGGCGCGCCAAUCCUGACCCUACCCGCAAGGAACUUUCUUAUUCCCGUUGAUGAUGUGGGAACCUUCUGUUUCGCGUUUGCUUCCUCUCCUUCAGGACUUUCAAUAAUAGGGAACAUCCAGCAAGAGGGCAUCCAAAUUUCCUUUGAUGGAGCCAAUGGCUUCAUGGGGUUUGGCCCCAACGUUUGCUAAGCUUGAUGAUGUAAAGAAAUAGUGAAUUUUGCUUAGGUGCUUGUUAGUUAAAAGUAUAUUCUUAUAUUAUAAAUAUAUAAGAGUCUGAUGUCUUAGUGUCAUGUGCUACUUGUCCUAUGGUCUAUGAUUUGAUUAAAGUUUUGCCUUUUUUCCUAAUGUAAAAAAACACUAUAUAUAGUGUGAUUCUGUAAA